AUGACUUCCUUCGUCGUCCCUCCAGGACAAGUACGCACCCUUCGCGCAUGCAUGGUUUGCUCAGUCGUCAUGCCACAAAGCAAAUUCGCCCGAGAAGGCUGCCCAAAUUGCGAUCACGUCCUCCAACUGCGCGGCAACAACGACGCCAUUCAAGAAUGCACAUCACAGGUCUUCGAAGGCCUAAUAUCUAUCAUCGAUGAGCGCCAGAGCUGGGUCGCGCGCUGGCAGCGAUUGGAAGGUUAUGUGCCGGGGACCUAUGCUAUCAAGGUCACUGGGACUUUGCCGACGGAGACUGUUGCAUCGUUGGAAGAUGCUGGGAUUAAAUACAUUCCGCGAGAUGGAAGUGCGAACGAAGAAGAAUCGUGA